AUGGAGGUAGCCCAAGCAAUUUUCCGUACUGCCACUCCGUUCAGAGCACCCGUACCAAAAACCAACGUACCUAUUGCAUUAUGCACUGCCGGCUACGUACCUGACAGCCACCAUAGGCACAGCCAGUCAGUACCAACCGUCCUUGGAAAGUUUGAUCCACUUGAAUGCGUCGUUAGUCGCCACACCGCCCUGGGGGUACGUGGUCGGCAAGUACAGCUCGCGCAGCGGCUGGGCGAGGACAGGUCCAACCUCGACAUGACUGCCGCGUACUGCGAAACCAGCGGAAUGCAUGCAGGCUGCCAGCGCCAGGAAAAGCCAAGCCAUGCUCCAGGUGAUUGUAUGUUUCUUUCUGCCACGGCAGCCGUCGCCAGCCAGUCAAGGCCCGUCGACAAUCCGGGGUGCCAGACAAGCCAGGCCUCCCUUCCCGUUGCGACGGCGCUCCAAAUCGUCUGCCGCCUGCAGCAUCGACGAACAGAGAUAGAGAGUAGGGCGUGCCAGAAGACCAUCGCCAGACUCUCAUUCGCUGCUGGCGCCAACACAAAGUCUCGCCUGCCAGGUACGGGUACCAGCAGCGCUGGCCAGCCGCCAGAGACUCUGGCCUCACUGAGUUGGGCCUGCAUUUGCAUUAUCGGUUAUCCAAGUGUUCCCUUGGACAGUGUACGCGGUGCCGGAAUGAGCCACCGUGUGGAUAUUGUCAGGGGGGAAAAGAGGUCCUUUCUCUACAUGUUAUGUUACGCUCUCAGUGGACUUCCAUUGAUCAUCUGGAUAUCUCGACUGAAUGGACGUGCCUGUUAUGGCUUAGCUUCCAAAGAUAGAGUGGCAACGCAACGGUCUUCUCGGAAAACGUGGACCUGGAUCAUGGCUGAAGAAUAUCGUUAUUUGGCCAUUUGGUCAUUUGGCCGUGGACCGAAAUUGGAGUGCAUUGCCGCGGUACGGAUACAGCCUACAGGCCACGUCCACGAUCCCCAGUUGCCCAGUCCUAUGACUCCCGUCCCAACAAAAAGUCUCGGUGGAUAUAGAGGUAGAGUCAAGAACCGAACACUCAUACGGAGUCUACCUAGAGGUAUUACUUUGUACCCGAUUGAGAGCAUUACUGGCCGACCGUUACCCAACGGUGCUCUCAACCCCUCCGUUACAUCAGCACGCCAGCCGACAACGCCAGCUGUUUACCUCGUACAAUCUCACGACUGGAUUCCUUGGGCUUCUAUGGGACAGAAGUAUAAUCGCGCCCGCUCGACAUUGGUUAUCGCGUCGCAGACCUGUUCAAAGCAUCCUUACUGUCAAUCCCGUCCCGUAUCUUGUUCGCACAACCAGUGUUAUCUGUUCACUGGCGCUCCUCUGAACUCUCUUAUCCAUGCUUUGCAAGAGUUCCCCAGAGUUUCCCACGAACUUGGGAGGUCCCCAAGCGCCGCCGGCCCUGUGCCACAAAUCCUUCUCCAUCGACUUUCCAGAACUAGAAAACGGGCUUUCAUGGGUCCUUUCCUAAUUGAUGACCCGUGGGCCUUUGAUACGGGUGGGACAUUGCUUCUGCGGAGAGCUUUAUCUUGCAUUAUCGUACGGAUAGAUGAGGCAGCUAUCUUUCGCGGUUCCUCUUUUCGGUUCACUCUUAAUCUUGGCCCUUCGCAACAUGGCGACAUUGAAACCUUGAACCCGCCCACCCCUUGCUUCGUAUCGAUAAUUUGGCCCAGUCCGAGUGCUCCCACAAGGCCACCUCACCUCGAAGGCUGGACCCCAAAGAGGCCCUACAAAGUACACACCUUGGCUGAUGCCGAUCACGGCCGCUCCUCGAGAGUGUUUCAGAGGUUGACGCUCUUCGUCAUCCCCUCAUUAACCCAGAUUGGUUCUUAUGAAAAGGUUCGUAGGAAGUAUGGGCACCUCGGGAAGCGAACAAGUGUACAGUCCCAGCCGCUCAAUGGUUCGGCAGACCGGGCUGACGGUGAUGAAGGCGCGGAUAAUCAUGUAAAGUCGGCGUUCGUGUGCUUCUCACGAGUCACCACGCAUUUCCACGUCCCCGGUGCCACUCUGUUCCCCAACGACUCGGUCGUAAAUAUCCCCCGCCACCAGAAAUCGAUCCCCACUAUCCACGAGAGAGACGUAGGAACCCACGAAAGCCUCAAAGCCGUAGUACGCUCAUUACUGCAGGCAAUUGGGGGGGCUUCUGAUUACAAUGUCUCGCUUCAAUGUUUGAUGGACCUCCAUGGCUUGUCUCGUCUUGCCGUCCUAUCUGGCGAUACAUGGGCCAAAAUGGCUACAGGAAACUGA